AUGUCGUCCGGCCGAACCGUCACCCUCAACACCGGCACCCAGAUGCCCCAGCUCGGCUACGGCACCUGGCAAGCGGCGCCCGGCGAGGUCGGCGAGGGAGUCUACGAGGCCCUCGCUACAGGCUAUCGUCAUCUCGAUCUGGCCAAGAUUUACCAGAACCAGCGUGAGGUCGGCGAUGGCAUCCAGCGUGCCCUAAAGGACGUGCCUGGUCUCAAGCGUGAACACAUCUUCAUCACAUCCAAGCUGUGGAACAACUGCCACCGCCCCGAGCUCGUCGAGGCCGCGCUCGAUGACACCCUGGCGGAGCUGCAGCUGCAAUACCUCGAUCUCUACCUCAUCCACUGGCCCGUUGCUUUCCCGUCCGGUGACGCCCUCUUCCCCAAGAGCAGUGACGGAUCGGAGGUCAUGCUGGACCGACAGGUGUCCAUCUCUCAGACCUGGAAAGCCGUUACCGAGCUCCCCAAAUCCAAGGCCCGCUCCGUUGGCGUCUCCAACUUCUCCGUCGAGGACCUCGAGGGAAUCAUUCAGGAGACGGGUGUCACCCCCGCCGUCAACCAGAUCGAGCGCCAUCCUCGCCUCCCCAACCAGCCGCUCGUCGACUACUGCGCCAAGAAGGGCAUCGUCAUCACCGCCUACUCGGCUUUUGGCAACAACGGCCGGGGCCUGCCGCUGCUAGUCAACACCGAUGAGGUCAAAGCCAUCGCCUCCCGCCUCUCUGCCGUGCAGGGAAAGACCGUCACUCCGGCCCAGGUGAUCCUCGCCUGGUCUCAGCUUGGCGGCCAUGCCGUCAUCCCCAAGUCCGUCACGGCCUCGCGCAUCCGCGAGAACUUCAACGACGUCGACCUCGACCACGAUGCUGUCCAGGAGCUCAACAAACUCGGCGACAAGCCCCAGCGCCUCAACAUCCCUUACACCUAUGAUCCCAAAUGGAACAUCAAUCUGUUUGGCGACGACAUGGAAAAGGAUGCUGCUAAUCAGGCCAUCAUCAAGCUGUGA